AUGUUUCCGUUGGACGAGGUUGACGCGCAGUAUGAGCGCAUUGUGCGUUUGAUCCCUGUUGAGGAGCUACAGAGCAGCUACAACAGCGUGUUACAUGUCGAAUUUUCUUCAGUGAAUAAUGCCGUAGACGGUAUAGUGGCAGUUCUGUCCCAUCUGAAGGAGGUGCGCAAUGCAGUAACCAAACUGGAGAAAUACAAGCCCCAGCGCAGUCUAACAAAAACCAUGGACAGAACGUUAGAACUACGACGGGAACUGGAAAUAAAGCUGCAGAGGGUAACACAGUUGAUGGAAGCAGCGAGUGUCAAUAGUAAAAGCCAACGCUAUGAACAAAUUGGGUGUUCUGCCAGUACGGUGGUGGACAACGAGGAGUCCGAGUCCGAAUCGAGUUCGGACUCGGAUUCGGGCUCAAGUUCUGAAUCGGAAGAUGAAGAUGUCUCAAUUGACCCUCGACGACGAUUUCUUCUCCAACACACCAAAGAUGUUGAAAACGAUGUUGGAAACUGUGCGGGCGGCCUAUUUACUGGACGGAACAAGUUGGUUUCAGACUUGGAAAAGGAAAAUGCUGCUGUUGUUCGACCUUCGCGGCGAUUGAAUCUAUUGUCACCUGCAGACUCUCAUUGA